ACGUUUAACUGUUAGAAGUUAUCGGGACAGAUAGCCUCCUAAACUAUAGGGGGCAGCAGAAGAAGUGACAGCUGGUGUUAUAACACGAAUAGCAGUCAGAGACGACGAAUGACUGCAGUAGGAUAUGAGAGGCUGUGUCAUUGUCACUGUGCGGAGCUCCAGCAUGCACAAUUUGGUGGUCCAGGCCCUCGCCAUGAGGCAGCUAGGAAGGCUGAACCCGCGCCACCUUCUGGCUGCUGGUUAUGGACCUGCACAGGCUGAAUGGUGUCCUAGAAGCAUUCAUACACGCCAGCUAUGGGGCUGCUCCACUUAUUCCGCAUUGGGCUGCACAAGGCCGGCUCUCUGUAGCAGGGAUGCUGUCAGAAGGUGGUCUGUCCAUCAGCUGAGGUUCAAAAGCAACAAAAAGAAAGGUGCCGCUAAGCCAAUACAUGAAGAGGAGGAGGAGGAGGAGGAGGAGAAGGACCCUGACAGCAGUGAUUAUGACGAUGAACUGGAUGAGGAUCCAAAUGUACGAAAGGACUAUAAAGACAUUGAGAAAUAUGUCCGGUCCUUCCGCUAUGAUGUCAUUUUGCAAGUUGGCCUGGACAUGGCACGCAAUAAAAUCGAAGACAGCUUCUACAGCAACAAUCUCAGAUUAAACGGACAAAAGCUCAUCAAGAAAAGUAAAACAGUGAGAGUUGGGGACACAUUGGACCUGCUGUUGUCAGAGAACCAAGAUGCCAAGACUGUUACUCUAAGAAGAGUCAUCCUCAAAAAGGUUCUGGGUGAAUCCAACAAUGGCGAAAAAUACAAAGUUUCCUUAAGGCGCUGGAAGUUCAUAGAGUUACCUCAGGAUGAGGCCUUUAAGCCUUGAAGUCCAGUAGGAGUGUUUGGAUUGUAAUACUUUCAACCAGUGACUGCAGCAAUACAGCGACAUUGUAUGGCAUCCUCAAAGAAGUGUCUACAGAGACCAACUGUUGUGAUUGUACACAUUGAAUAUGGUAAUGAGAUAUAUAAUUUUCCUGCUAUCCAUUAAAGGUAUGCUUGGAUAUUCUCAAA